AUGGUUGAACGCUACGUCAAGUUGCAUCCAGCCCUUCUUUCCAUGGACCACGCCACCAUAGCCAAGCAUGACAUCGUUAGCUUUUUGUUGGAUGAAGAUGAAUCAUCACGCGCCAAGUCGCUACUCGAGUCUCUCAUGGACCUAAACGAUGUUACCAAAGCGUUGCAAGACUCCACGCUGACAACAGUGGGUGCUCGACGAGCGUUUGACUGGGUGGGGCGUCAAUACCCCUCGAUGAAAGCACGCCUGUCACCUGACGCAGCAAUCGUCAAUUAUCCGGCGCUGGAGAGCGGGAUCGCCAAGAUUAUUUCGGGGACUCGGCUUUCUGCAUGCGAACAAGAAGCCUGUAAGAUGUUUAAGAAACCAGUCGCUGACCCCGCACCAGAGACAAACUCACGCUCAUUCUUAGCACCGGUGCUCAAGAAAGCUGUCAAGGGAGCGACAUCGUACAUGCCGCUGGCGUGGGUGCCCCCCAAGUCGAACGAGGAUGCCUGGGAUGUAGGCACCAUUCAAGCUGUGAAGCGUAAAAUGCGCAACUAA